AUGCGCCCAAAGGACUUUUCAGUGAUGAAAAAGGAACUGAGCAGUUCCAAGAAUGAACCACAUUGUUCAGCAUGGGAAAUCCACCUCAACUAUGCUUUGCUUUUGUUGAAGAACAGCGAUACAGUUCAUGUAAGCAGUAGUAUGAUGACGUUUCCACCGAUGCCCGUCUAUGUGGAAGAAGCUGAACAAGACUCUGAGACACAACCCGAAGAUCCCACACCACUGACGGCCGCUGAUUCUUCGAUAUCUGGACGAAGUGAGACGGUAAGGGAGACCUUAACCGCACUGAAGACGUCAGCAAGUUUCACUUCAGAAUUCGUGCACAAGAUCGAUGCUGACGAAGAUUAUUCUUGUGUUGAGUUGCGACGAUGUAAGAAUUGUGAUGAGAUCGUGACGGCAAUGUCACGUUCCACUCAAACCGCUACUCCUCAACCACCACGACCAAAAAUGGUCGACGACUUUCCCAGAAUUCAUUUCAGUCUUGACGAACGGAUCGGCGAGCAAAUUGUUUGA